CUGCUCUCAGUGGUCAUGACUGGCUGCUUCCUGUGGCAGUAUCACCUCCCCAAGCUGAAGACCGGUUCCUUGGGACCAGAGGUGAUCUCUGCUCCCGUGAAGAUGUGUCCCAGGUACCCUGAGCCUGUGCCCCUCACCCACCCCCUCCCUGUACUGAAGGAGGCCCUGGAAAAGGUGGACAGGGUCCUGCGCCAGGCAAUGUCUGCCCCAGGCCUGGCUGCCAUGUCUGCAGUCGUCAUCCACAAUGACACUGUGCUCUGGACUGGGAACUUCGGGAAGAAGAAUGGUUCAGACCCGGCUUCUGGGACCCCUAAUGAGUACACCAUGUACAGGAUCUCCAGCAUCUCCAAGAUAUUUCCAGUCCUCAUGCUGUACCGCCUGUGGGAGGAGGGCACAGUAGCCUCCCUAGAUGACCCUCUGGAGAGGUAUGCCAGCACCUUCAGCAUUAACAACCCACUGGGCAUGGCAUCGGCCCCUGAACAACGAGGCCUGAUGGAUGGGCUGUUGGAGGUGGGCCCAGCCCCAAGGCCUUCACCUGUCACCCUCCGAAGGAUGGCCAGCCAGCUGUCAGGGCUGCCCAGAAGGCUGCGUUCCACCUCACUGCUGUGGAGGGGCAGCACCCAGGAGGCCCUGAGCCUACUCAAGGAUGACGUGUUGGUGGCAGACCCAGGAACCAGGUGCCAUUACAGCACGCUGGCCUUCUCGCUCCUGGCCCAUGUCCUGGCAGCCCACACCGCCCAUGGUGACUACCAGCGCUGGAUCUCGGAGAAUGUGCUGGAGCCUCUGGGGAUGGCGGACACUGGCUUCGACCUCACGCCCCUCGUGCGCGCCCGCCUGGCGGCUGGCUUCUACGGCAGCGGCCGGCCGGCGCCGCUCUACGACCUGGGCUGGUACCGCCCCUCGGGCCAGAUGUACUCCACCCCCGCCGACCUGGCCAAGCUGGCCGUGGCGCUCCUGGGCAGCGGGCCCCGGCAGCUCCUGCGCCCCGACGCGGCCAAGACGCUGCUGGCGCCGCUGCUGGCCUGCCCGGGCGGCUACUUCGCCAACGAGACGGGCACCCCGUGGGAGUUCCACGCGCAACGGGGCUACCGCGUGGUGCGCAAGGACGGCGACCUGGACGGCUACGCCGCCACCUUCUCGCUGGUGCCCCCGCUGCGCCUGGGCCUCGUGCUGCUGCUGGCGGGGCCGCGGCCGCCCGGGGCCGACCUGGUGGCGCAGGCCUACGACCUGCUCCUGCCCGCCAUGGAGAGGGCCUUUCGGGAGGCGCAGCUCAGCCCGGCCCCGCCGCCCAGCGCGCGCCCCUUCUCCGGCUACUUCACCUUCGCCAACCUGACCUUCUACGAGGUGCGCGCGGGGCCGGCGGCCGAGCUGCACCUGCGCCAGUUCGGGCCCCGCGUGGAGGCGCUGGUGCCCCCUGCGUUCCGCACGCUGGAGCUGCGCCACCUGCGCGGCCGCGUCUUCCAGCUGCACGUGGGCCGCGAGUUCCCGUGCGCGCUGCCGCUCGGCGACGCCUGGCUGUCGCUCGAGGCCCAGCACGGGCAGCUCGUCAAUUUCUACCCGUUGGACAGCCACGGGCUGUCCCCCGGCUUCGACGUGCCCGGCCUCAACACGUACCGGGUCCUGCGGCUGCAGCGCAAACCCGUAUUCCAGACCCAGUGA